CGUAAAAGUUUUAAAUUUUUGGCAGUUACAAUCAAUCGAGAAAGUUGUGAGUUAAGGAGAAAAGGUUAAUUAAAAUCAGUGAAAAAGUGAGCACUGUGUUGCCUUUUGUUUUUCACUGUGGAUUCAUUAUAAUGAACAAAGAUAAACUAGAAGAAAUGUACAAAAAUAUAUACUACUCGGAUAAAUAUUGUGAUGAUGAAUUUGAAUACAGACAUGUAGUUUUACCAAAAGAAAUGGUUAAAUUAGUUCCUAAAACUCACUUAAUGUCUGAACAAGAAUGGAGAGGAAUUGGUGUUCAACAGAGUAAAGGAUGGGUACAUUAUAUGAGGCAUGGGCCAGAACCACACAUUUUAUUAUUUAAGAGGCCAAAAUCAAUGUCACAACCAACAUUGCAAUCAGAAAACUAAAUAGAAAUUUGUCCACUUUUAGUCACUUAUAAUGUGGAUUAAUGUGGGAUUACUGGUGUUGGAAAUGAAAAAAGUGUACUUUUUAUAACUGCAAUGAGAACUUUUUUGAUAGUUAUUGUAAGUGUUUCCCAUUACUUCUGCAUACUCAAACCUAUCUAGUAUCUUUAAAAUAAUUUUAUAGUUUUAUAGUAUAGUAAGAAUGUUUUGUACUGUCUAAAUAAUCGCUUACUAUUAAAUGUUUUUAUGUUUUUUAA